CAAAGGCACAGUCAAGUGAUCCCCCAGAGCUUGACCUCCAGCAAUCUUAGGGCGGUCACGUUAGUCCGAGUCACAAUCACACUUGCCUUCUUCCUAUCGCCCUCACGCCAAGCAUCACAACCGGGCUGCGCACCCCCCAAGCCCGGACGCAACAGGCACAUCUUCCUACAAGACCUCCUCCUCCUCCACCACCACUCCUUCCUCAUCUCCUCCUCCUCACCUCACCUUACCAGCUCAGCCUUACAGAACACCUCUCUGAUAGCUGACAAGCCUACACUGCACUGCCCACGGCUCUGCCAACCAAUCCUGAGCUGACAUGCCAAGCUCAGCUCUGCCCAGGAGGAAGUAUGCCCUCUCUCCUGGCAGAGGAGCCCCUUCGCCAGGUCUCGAGACGCCCUUUACACCCACCGAGGAGCUCUUCUCCUGGCUACCAGACGAGCAAUGUGCAGCUUGUGGAGCUCAGGUCAAGGCUUCCCAGCUCUACUGCUCCGACGCUUGCAGACAGAAGGAGGGAGCUGAGAACCAUCGCAACCAUCAGGAUGAUCUCCUCGCCCAUGGCAGCUCCUUCCUGACUCCUGCGUCGGCACCUCCAACAGCCAAGCUGGCUCCAUCAACUCGACACUACUUUCCCAACACCACGGCAGCUGACAUCGAUAGCCUCCAACGCUUCCGAUACCCAUGCCCACCUUCGCCCAGCCUCGUUGCUCAGCGGAAGACUACCCCAGGCGAGAGGAACCUUCCGACGAACUUCUUUGGCGCACAGGGCAAUGUCUCCUACCGACCUCGCAACGUCAGUCGCACCUCCAGCAGGGGCGAAUUUCACGGGAUCAGGCCAUCACUUGCACGACGUAGUUCUGCGGAUUCGACCGACUCUUCGCUAGCCUCAUCUUCCGCCUUCCUUACCGACCCCAGCACGCCUUCGCCAGGGAUGGCCAACCGGGGCUGUGACUCUGCCUCCAGCAAUCGCUCCAAUGCUAGCAUCGACGAUGAGGAUCUCAACAGCAGCGACUUUCGUCUGCCUCCUUCGGUAUCGCCGGCCACUGCUGCCAUGCUCACUGCGAACCACCAGUCAGUGUACCACCAUCGAAGUCGUAGCGAUCGCCAAGUCUCUCCCACGCAACACCAGUAUCCUCGUCGACCCAGGACAAGCGUCGGUGAUGGCUGCGAGACGGCCAGCGCUGCUCCUAGCUCAACCAUUGCAUUUGCUCGAAGACCGGGCAGCACAAAUGUUCCCGCUCCAAUCCUCUACUCGCCCGUGCUGGCUGCCAAGAAUUCCACGGUCAAUGCUGAGGGCACGGUCACCCGAAGAUCUUACAAAAGCCGGUCUGAUUUGCGAAGGUCCUUUGAUCAGAUCAAGGCCGGCCUUUGCGGGUCUUUUGGAGGUCCGAGCGCCUCGGCAGCUUCAGUCGACACCCCUGCCCGAUCCCCACUGGACACUGGCCUGAGCAUGCGCGUUCAGAGGACGCGGUCAGACCCCUCAGCAGAGAUACAGGCUCAUGCGGAGGGCGAAGCGUCCCCUGAACAGCACGACUCAGGGGCCUCUGGAAGUUCUUCCGCUGCACGAACCAUGCGAGCAAUAAGUCCCGGCUCUUUGACCGCCUCAAAUGAAGUCUGCGGACGACCAGGCAAAUUGUUAUCACCAUGGCUGCCGCGGUACUGAUAUACGUCUCGGAUCCUUUCCUCACUAUCUCGCUCUCCAGCUGCUUCGGGACCUCGUACUUCAACACCUCGUCCUUCUCCUUCGGCCGUAAGAACAGCGCACCAUCGCAAACGGAGCAGACUGGUGCUGCAAACUCAGCACGCGCUAUUGACGCCUCGGUCAAGCUUGAUGAGCAGACGACUCGUCGUUCAAUGUUUCGACACAAGCAUACCCACAGCGCGAAAGCUGGCCUCAGCAUUCAUGAGCACUUUGGCGGAGCACGCCUGAGCGACUUGGCA